AUGAAGAAUACACCAAGUGUUUCCACCUGGCAAGAGCUUUACGUGUGUUCAGAAGUUAUGAAAGCUAAAAUCUUCUCCAACGAUUUCAAGCGACGACGAAAAGUGAAACAACGACCGUUAGCAAAUUCGUUAAAGUUUGCUCUUGGCUGUCGCCUUCUCCUCUACGCCCUGUUUUCAGUGUUUCUGAUCAAACUAUCGGGUGACGUUGAAAUAAAUCCAGGCCCUACCAGCAAUGCAAAUCAAAUCUCGCAUAAUAACCGAGCAGUAAAAUGCCUUGGACUCAACGCACGGAGCUUGAUGAGUGUAACGAAAACAAAUAACGGACAAACUGUGAGUAACCUUGAACGAUUUCAGAACUUUGUUUACUCCGAAGACAUUGAUAUUGUUUUUGUCAACGAGACUUGGCUUUCUUCGAGUAUAGACAAUGGUGAAAUUUUACAUUCUGGAUACACUAUAGUCAGAAAAGAUCGGGAUGGUCGCGGGGGCGGAGUUUUGUUGGGGAUUAGAACGGGAUUAUUUAAAACUGUGCGUGAAAUUAAGCAUGAUCAGAUCUGGAGAUUGUUUUGGUUGAAUUAACAACAAUAUCGGACUCGAACAUACUUAUUUGCUCUUGUUAUCGUCCACCAAACGCGGACAGAAUUUGGAUGGAAAAUUUUGAAAAUUUUCUGAACGAUGUUUGCUCACGUCAUUCAAAAAUUGUUCUCGCUGGCGACUUCAAUUUACCGCGCGCGUGCUGGAACUCGCGGGAAAUCUCCGUAGGCGUGAACGAAACGAAAUUUAUUGAAAUUCUGGAUGAUUUUUUCUUGGAGCAAAUCAAUAACAUUCCCACCAGAGAAAACAAUGUUCUUGAUCUCUUAAUUACUAGUAUUCCUGACAAAAUAAAGAUAAGCGAAGUUUUAAAACCAACUGAUGCGGGAAUCUUCACAGAUCAUAGCCUAAUCAUGUUGGAUCUAAUCACGGUAUGCAAUCCAUUACCAAAAGUAAAAAGAUCCAUAUUUAAUUAUCGUCGAGCUGACUUUGAUGGUCUACGAGCACAUCUCCGAUCACUUAACCUGAAGGAGAAAAUAUCUGAUCAUGACGAUAUUAAUAAAGAUUGGUCGGAUUGGAAAGAUUCGUUUCUUGGGGCGGUGAAGCAGUUUGUUCCAACUGCAAAUUUAAAAGGUCGAAAGUCUCUUCCCUGGAUGAAUAGUACAAUUCUACAUUUAAUUAAGAAGAAAAACUCGUUGAGAAUGAGAAUCAAGAGAUCUAGUUCACCAAGUGACUAUAUAAGAAAUCAAUUUAAAAGCCUGCGCUCUACCAUCAAACGCAUGUUGCGUGACAGUCGACUUAAAUACAUGAAUAAAAUCUGCGCCAAUCGUGAUUACAACGCAAAACGCUUUUGGUCCUUUUUUAAGACAAGGUCUAAAGUUUCCAACAUUCCAGGGAAAGUUUCCACGAAAGUAAAUGAUAGUGAAAGAAUGCACGCGAACAGUAACACCGAUGUAGCGAACAUGUUCAAUGAAUAUUUUGUUUCCAUCUUCUCCUCUGACUCGGACGUUGCCUUUGAACAUCGUGAUCGUCUGCAUAACGUAGAGUUUCAGAAUAUCACAUUAUCAGAGGAAGAAGUACUAGCUGUGAUAAUGAACUUAGACCAUAAUAAAGCACACGGCCCAGAUAAUAUUCUAGCCCGCCUACUGAAAGAGACAUCCGCGCAGAUUGCACCAUCUCUCUGUUCUCUUUUCAACAAGUCUUUACGUAUCGGCGUUGUGCCUGACGAUUGGAAACUCGCGAACGUGGUCCCCUGUUUACAAACACGGAGAAAAAGCUGA